UGUGAUCCAAAGUUGUUAGAGAAAAAAACACAGCAAAAAAAAACAGAAAACGUUACUCCCUUUAUUCUACCAUUCUCUCUAUUCACUGUGUGAUAUUGAGCCUCCACUUUCCUUUCAAUGGCCUAAACAACAGAAUCAGUAUAUAAAUGAAGAUGGGUGAGUUUCGAGAAUCUUCAUCUCCUCUAAGAACACCGUCUCAUUCUCCUAACCAAAGUCUUCCCCGUCCAAACUACGUUCAUGGAGACUUCUCUCCCAGCAACAACAGAUUCUCUUUCAACUCAUCGUCGGAUUUUUCACUCUCGAGCUCCUUCUCUAACGGAUUCUAUUCCUCCGACGAUAGCUCUGCCUCUCCUCCGUUUAACGGACUUAUCCCUAACUACAAUCACUCCUCUCCUCCGUUCACUUACCAUCACCAUGACAAGAGUGUUAACGGUGAUGAUUUUGGUCUGUGCAACGAUCUCUACCGUAUGAAAAUCAAAGAAGAUGUCGUCCAAGAAGAUCCUCUCGCAUCCUUUCUUGAGACGAAUCACACUGGCUCAUCUCUAGAUCCACUCUAUUUCUCACACUAUGAGCCGAGGAACAACGGUGGGUUUUUCCACACGCAAAAGGAGCCAUUUGACACGUGGUUCAACAACGACCAAACCGAAGACAAGAGAGACAUGUUUGGUCAUCAAACUCAAGAUUCCAUAGCCAACUCUCGUCAAUUUGGAUGGCCUAGCUACCCAACCAGCAACAGUCCUUACAUCAACGGUCAGGAGAUGUUAGGGUUAGGUAUGAAUCUUGGAGGAGGGUUAACAAGAGAACACUCAGCUUACUACAGAACACCAACAACAACAUCAUCAGACAUGUUGCCAUUGUUCUGCCAAGGAGCUCAGGCUUCUAAAGUCUCCGAACCAUUUACCUCUGAUGAGAGUUUCUUCAUGGAACCUCAGAGAAUCGGUGUUACUCGAGGAUUGAUGUCUGAUCCUACAGAGAUAUGUCACACGAGUCUACCUAACGUGUGUGACAUUCAAGGAUAUGUCUACUUGAUGGCUAAAGACCAACACGGAUGUAGAUUCUUGCAGAGGAUAUUCGAUGAAGGAACUCCUGUUGACGCCAUGAUAAUAUUCAAUGAAGUGAUCUCUCAUGUCGUUGAGCUUAUGAUGGAUCCUUUUGGGAAUUACUUGAUGCAGAAGCUUCUAGAUGUUUGUACUGAGGAGCAGAGGACGCAGAUCGUGCUUGUGGCUACUGCUGAGCCUGGUCAACUUAUCAGGAUAUCUCUCAACGCAUACGGUACUCGAGUUGUUCAGAGAUUAGUGGAAACUAUCAGAACAGGAAAGCAAGUUUCUAUGGUGAAAUCUGCGUUGAGACCUGGUUUUCUUGAUUUGAUCAAGGAUUUAAAUGGAAACCAUGUUAUUCAACGUUGCUUGCAGUGCCUUGGCACUGAAGAUAACAAGUUUAUCUUUGAUGCAGCGACAAAGUUCUGUACUGAGAUUGCAACACAUCGACAUGGUUGUUGUGUUCUCCAAAAAUGCAUUGCUUAUUCAAUGAGGCAACAAAGAGAGAAGCUGAUCGCUGAGAUCUCUAGAAACAGUCUCCUUCUUGCUCAAGACCCCUUUGGGAACUACGCAGUGCAGUUCGUUAUAGAACUGAGGAUUCCAUCAGCGGUAGCUAUGAUGUUGGCUCAGUUAAAAGGGCAUUACGUUCAGCUAUCCAUGCAGAAGUUCAGUAGCCACAUGGUGGAAAGAUGUCUCAUGCAUUGUCCAGAGAGUCGUCCACAGAUAGUGCGUGAGCUUGUCUCUGUUCCUCACUUUGAUCACCUUCUUCAAGACCCUUACGCCAACUUCGUCAUCCAAGCGGCUCUUGCCGCCACAAAGGGUCCACUCCAUGCUUCACUAGUGGAAGUGAUAAGGCCACAUUCGAUUCUGCGUAAUAAUCCAUAUUGCAAGAGGAUUUUCUCGAGGAAUCUACUGAAGAAGUGAAAGGGUAUGCUGCUGAGUCUGUAAUUUCAAGAGUCUGUUGUUGUUCUUACUCAUCAAGCUUUGUUCGUUCUUAUGAAUAAUAAUCUCUGGAUAGAGUGUGAUCUUGGAUCCAGAGAUUAAGAGCUCUCAUUGUUGUUUUCUUUGUUUCUAUUGUAUUGUUCUGUUGUUUCUUUUGUUGUUUUUUUUGUUUUGUCUCUGCUAUUUCAUGUUGUAACAAACCGUGUUUCUUAACCCGGUUUAGUCUUUGAAUAAAUUCUCAAUAAAUUCUUAUUUGUAUCAAUUUUGUAAAAGUUCACUAUUCACUAUUCGGAGCCAUUCAUAUUGGCUUAAGGCCUUAAGCUUCCAUGUUAGAUGGGCUUUAUUAAAUAAGUCCAUUAUGGCUUCUAAACCGUUAUACUGAGCAUUAGGGUUUUGGAAGCACGAAACUUGUGGGCGCCUCUAUAUCUAUAUAUACACCAAUGCUAUUCCAUCAAUCAUUGUAAGCGUUUUUUUCUCUAUUUUCAAAUGGUUCUCGAAAUCUAAGAUGACUAGUUCUCGUUUAGAUUGCUUCACAUAACAGAUAGUUAAGAAAACGGGUCUUUGUUUUUAUUUUAUAUGUUAGCUUGAGGUUUGAUUUGUUGGUAGAAGAAACAAUGAAACAUAUGCCACUUCUUUCAGCAGCAAGAUCCAUUCUUGUUAGCUUUGUUCUCGUGGCAAAUAUCAAUCCGCCGUCAUGAGAGGGAUUUUAUUAUUUGCAGUUUAAUUCACUCUCUGCAAAUAUCAUCCUUCUCUUUGGUAUAUCUCUUCUUCUUCAAAAUAUUUAUAUUCAUCUCCUUCAGAAAAAAAGGAAGGAAAAUAACCAAGAAAAUAUUUUCUUCCAGCGAGGAAUUUUAAUUUUUUUGAACUGUCAGCGAGAAUAUUAAGUUUAUAGAUUGUUGUUUGAUUGGUUCUGAUAGAAAACACUGGGGUACUGAAAUUUUUUAAAACCAACCAUGUUGUGGUGGUUUAGUGGUUUUCUAGAAGAGUUACCAUGAUAGUCUAGGCCAGAGAUCGACUCCCUUCUAGUGCGAAAUUAUUAGUUGCAUUUGCGACCGCGUGGAUAUAAAUAUAUUGCUUACGACCCAUUCGAAUAUCCGGAAGAGGAUCUAUUCAUGAGUUACACUUUCCACCAAGUGUUAGAUAUGUGUUUUUAAUAGAUUCAGAUUUAACUUUUUUUCAAAAAAAAAAUAUAUUUAAAACCUUCCUAAGCAUAAUCGUAACAUCUCUGAACUGUACAGUCACUGACUCACAACCCCGAACUUUUAGCCAUGUUCAUAAAUUACAAUAAUCCUAUCUUAAGAACCUUGUUAAGCAAUUCUUCACAGUAAAUUAAAUGUUUAUGAUGAUGGUGAGAGAGUAGCAUGCAAGGAGAUCGAUUUUGUCCACCGGACUUACAUGGAAAGCUUAUAGUGUUGUCAGCCACUCAAUAACGCAUGUCCUUGUGUAUACAUCCACUAAUUGCUUGCUGUUUACCACGUCCAAUAGUAUUGUUUGCUACCAAAAGAGAGAUUAUGAAAAAUUUGAAAAAAGAGGAAAUUUGAAACACAUAUCAACUAAUUGCUUCUCUGUUUGCUUUCAACGCUUAUAUGGGCUUUGUUUAUGUCUAGAUAUAAUUAAUCCAUUCCAGCCUAAGUUGGAUGUAUGUACCUUGCCCAGUCAUAAUUUAAUUCUCAUUAACUCAAUUGACUUCUCAACACUUUCAUUGGCUUUCCAGUCUUUAAAAAUCAGUUGUGGAAAACAAAAUAAAAAGGCAUUACAGAAAAACUGUCCAAUUAACAAAUGGUAUGGUUACCUAGAAUGAACUUCAAAACAUUAAAUUUAGAAUUUUAAGGAGUAAAACUUCAAAUGUGAAGUUUCACUACUCAAAACUACAAAUUUGAAGUUUCAUAGUUUUUAUUUAUAUUUUGAUCCUUAUAAUUAAUUACACAUCAUAUUUAUAAUUCUUAAGUAUUUUCUCAUUUCUCGUUUUAAUCUUAUAAUUAAUUACACAUCAUAUUUAUAAUUCUUAAGUAUUUUUUCAUUUAUCAUUUUAAUCUUUAAAACGAUAAAUAUUUUUGUAAAUCAUAAAAUUUCAAAUUUAUUUUUAUAAAUUCAAAUUUACACAUAAAAAUAUUAAAAUAAGAUUUAUAAUAUUUGAAAACUAAAAUAAGACAACAAAAAUAUUACAAAAAAACUUAAUAAAAAAACUUUUUUGAAAAGAUACACAAAGACAUAAUUAUUGCACAAGAUUUAAAUAUUAUAAUAACACUAAUAGUUUAAUAAAUUUGCUUUAGGGUCUCUAAAAUAUUGUCUAGACAAACUUUGUGUAAUCGAAGAUGGAGCAUUACGGAAAUAAUGUUAUGGAAUGAUGUGAUAUUUUACUUGUAAUUAAAUAUUUAAUUAUGUACAUCUGUUUAUAAUUUUAUAUUUUAUUGUAAAAAUUUAUUAAUUGAUAUUACCAUAAUAUUUAUAUAUAUGUGCUAGUUAUUUAUAAAAUUUCUAUGUAUUUAUAUUAAUUAUGACAAAUAUAAAUAUCAUAGUGUAAAUUACAAAUAGUUUGAAGUUAAAUUUGAAGUUUUGCUUUUGGAAAAUAAUAUUUUGAAAUUUCAAAUAUAAAAUUUUGCAAACUCUAAAAUAGAGAGUUUUUUUUGGAAAUAUACUUUGAGUGGAUAUAAUUUAGACGAAUCCGUUGAAAUAGGUUUAGCCCAUUUUAAGUCUCUUAACUCUCUCCUAUCCCAACGAAAAAUCUCCCCAAUCCCUAUCAUUCACAUUAAUAAUAAACCAUGCACGAUCAGGCGUGUAUCCCAAAAGAAAAAAAAAGCACUAAUCCAAUUAAAUUCCUCGAACUAAAACAAUGUAAAAUGUAAAAUCAAAUUUACAAAGAGGACAGGGUAUCGGAUUAUGUUUGCGUUAUUAUAUACUAGCACUCCUUAUAUACCUAAUUUUCAAUUCGUUUAAAUCAAGACACAUAAUUUUUUGGUCUGAUAACUUUUCUGUAGCCCUAUUAUAUAGUGUGCCUGCCUUUUAUAAAUAUAAUCCAAUAACGAGGAUGAUUACAAAUAGUCUAUAUGAUUAUAUAUAGCAUAUCUACGUUCUUCCGGCACUCAAAUAUAUUUCCAUUUGCAUUUAUAAUUUAUUUGACAUAAUUUAUGGGUGAUGCAUUUAUUUCAAAUUAUCAACACAUCUUCUCAAACCUAAUUCUUGGGCAAAUCAACCGUAAUCAAUAAGAACAUAUACCAUAUUUAAUGUUCAUCGUCACAUGCAAUUUGUUUUCAAACAAAUUAAUUGUUUACUCGUAUUAACUUUACAUUAGAUGUUUUUAUUAUAUGGUGUUGACUAUAUCAUACAUUAAUGCUCAACAUAAACCGAACGUAUAACAGGAUAUAACAUUAUCGUUAGAGUCCAGACGACUUAAAGUAGAACAAAAGGGUCAAAACUCAAAAGCCGCACGUAGAAGUCUUUGAUCUAUGCGGACGUAAAAAAAUAUUGUGACAUUUUGCAUGGAACCAUCCGCAUACACAAAACCCUGGGCGUUAUGACAGCAUGCCAUAACUGAUUCUUGUAAUUUGUAAAACCCUAUUUCUUAUAGAAAUGUUUAGAUUUAUAUGUUUAGCCAUUUAGGACGUUUAGGUUAUUAUUUAUUUGUUUUAUUUUUAAUAUUUUACCUUUCGCACCCAAAAAAUAUUUUUGUUGUUGUUAAGUUUACAUGGAAAAAUAUAAAAAUUGGAAUAUGCAUUAUAUUUUAUUUUAAUAUAUGUAAACAAAAUGAACGAUUCUUACGAAUAGGAAAGAAAAAUACAUUUUUUGUGGUAAUUUACAUAUGAAAAUUCUGUUGAUUUUGUUACCAUAUGAAAAUUUUGGUAAACGAACUAGUAUGUUUUUCAGUGGGCUGACGCAUUCGUAAUUCAUAUGGUUUGAUAGAUCAUAGAUGUAUGAUAAAAUUUAUGUUAAAUUGACAAGUAGAUAUAUACUUCAAUGCAUAUACUUGAAUUCCGCAUUUAUAAUCGGUUCACAAUUAUUUAAUGGAAACGGGUAGACAAGUACUGACUAUUUAAUUCUUCCACCAGGAAAUAGCAACUAAUUUAUGUCAGAAAAUAAUUAUAUAUAUUAACUGAGAGACUUAGAAUUAUGAUUCCAUCUAACCGUGUAGGUUUAUUAGGUUAUCCAUAAUUCGUUGUAGCUUUCAUACAAUUUUCAUAAAAAGUAUAUUUUAAUUUAUGAAAUAAAGUUUAUAGUACGAAUUAAAUUGAAGAGAAGAGACAUGGAUCUUAAUUCAUUGUAGUUGCAUGCAUGGAGGAUCGGAUGUUGGAAGCUUUAAAAGCUGGUUCUCCCAUCCUUUGAAAGUUUAUUGUACGUUAUUUUACUGUAAUAUUUUCUAUAUUAAUGUAAAAUUUAUAUUUUAUAUAUUUUCACAAUUUGUUUUUAUGCAUGAGUUUAAACUUUAAAGUUUUUAGACCAUUUCCAGUGAAACACUACUUUUUUUUAUAUAUUUCAUUCUAAAAUAGAAUUAUUGUAAUAUAGAAAAAAAAUAGUGUUACAUUGUAGAUAUAGACCGGUUUCUUCGAUUCCAUUUAUAUUUGUGUAUUGAUCUAUUGGUCUAUCACUAGUUGAAGUAUCAUCAAAAUUAUAUAACAGAUGCAAAAAAAAAAUGAAUGACAAUUAUUAUUUUACUUGAGUUUAGUAUUUUUUACCAAUGGUAUUUUGUUAAAUUUUUUAUUUUGCAAUAUAUAUAGAUACUACUGUAUCAAAAAUUCUAUUAAUAAUUAUUCCUUUCAAUUCGUCUAUUCAUUUUUCUAGUUAUACAACAACCUAUAUGGAAUGAAAAGAAUUAAGCAUUCAAAAAGAUUUUAUUCCAAAGAAAAUACAAUCCAGUUGCACCCAUGAUGUCUUCUAUAAACACAUUCAGUGUAAUUUAAUUCACAACGUUAAAGACAAUCAACAUAU